GUUGACUAGUGAGCACGCGGUUUCUGCGAGGGGGUAAAAGACAUCUACUGCUCAACCAUGAAGGGUCUCUUUGGCGUUGCUGUUCUGGCCGCAGUUGUCCUGCUGGCGUCGGCUCACCAUCUGGAGUUGUGCAAAAAAGCAGACAAGCCACUCAAGGAUCAGUUGAAGUGUCAGCGAGACCAUGCUACACCUGCAUUCAACAGCAAGUUCGACAGUGUGAACAAACAACUCCAGUGCGACAGUGACUUCUGCACCAUCCGUAAGCUGUGUGCUGAACCUGACUUCGAGACCGCUCUGAAGAAGUUCUUCACCGAGAGUGAAAUUCAAGUAUUGCACGAACUCGCAAAUCACUGCGACCCUGACAGCCCCACCGGCCACGACCACCACGCCCACGACCACCACCACUGAGUCGAGGGUUUCAAACGAUGUACACACAAAGAGAGGUCACACCAGCCUUCGAAGAAUAACAAGAACAUGAAUACUUGAGUGUAUGCUGGUCAUUGAGUUGGAUUUUUUAAUAAAGUGUCGUCGACGUGUGUCGGCAUAUCGAACUAAACGGAAAA